UUCACGUCGUCGCCGAGUCAAGAAGCAAAACGCGGAAACGGUUGAGCGAACCCGAAGCCGAGAACCUGAGCUGAGUGUUAAGAUACGAGUACUUUAAGUGCGGUUCUCUUAUUUGUUUUGACAUAAAUCAGAGCAAUUUGCAGAUCGUUUUUUGCGAGGCGUUGUGAAUGAGCCAACCUAAGCGGCGAUUAUUGUGCAGUGUACAGCUUUCAAAUCCAUCUCAGAGUGUGGUAAUUUUUCAGUUGGCUAAUUGUGCAAGUAAAACAAAAAUUCAAAACAACAACCACGCUUCGUCUAGUCGUCUGUCUCUGUGUGUGCUGUGUGUGUGAGUUUCUGGUGGUUCCACUGUAUCUGUGUCCGCUCAAUCUUUGCUCAAUCGCAAUCUUUGGGCAUUGCCAAAACAGGUUAACUAAAAGCAAACGUGUUCUUUACUUUUCUGUUGACUUUGCCAGCCGCAAAGCCAAAACUUAGUCAGCAAAAAAUAUAAAUAAAAAAAAUCAAGAAACAAAAAUUACAAGGAAAAUCAAUAACAGCAAAUUGUUGCCACAGUUCCUGCAAUCCGUGGUUUUCCGUCGGAAUACAUAAAGAGCAGCUGCAGCGAGUCGAAGAACUUCAAGGAGUACAGGACUGCCGCGAAAUGGACGCCGCUGCCGACGGAAUACCGCCAACGGCGCCAGCUGCGACGGCGACGACGGCCAACAGCGAUCUGGAUUUGGCGGCACGUCGGCGUCUCUUCAUCUCACAGCCCUCGACAUUGGCGACGCGCCGCCAGCAGGCGGUUUGUGUGCGGCGGGCCCACAAAAUGUAUGGCAGCAGCAAGAAUCCCAACGUUGUCCUCGACGGCCUGAACAUGACAGUACCCAAGGGAUCCAUAUACGGUCUUCUGGGUGCCUCUGGAUGCGGGAAAACAACGCUGCUCAGCUGCAUCGUUGGACGACGUCGCCUAAAUUCUGGCGAGAUUUGGGUGCUCGGCGGACGACCUGGAUCGCGUGGUUCCGGUGUUCCUGGUCCCCGGAUUGGCUAUAUGCCACAGGAGAUAGCCCUUUACGGCGAGUUCACGAUGCGUGAGACCUUAAUCUACUUCGGCAUCAUUUCGGCCAUGCCCAAAAGCGACAUCGCGGAUCGCACAGAAUUCCUGCUCAAAUUGCUCAAUUUGCCAAAUGCUUCCAAAUUUGUCAAGAAUUUGAGUGGUGGCCAGCAGCGGCGAGUAAGUCUGGCGGUGGCCCUUCUCCAUGAACCGGAGCUCCUCAUCCUGGACGAGCCCACAGUGGGUGUGGAUCCCGUUUUGCGACAAAGCAUCUGGGAUCAUUUGGUGGACAUUACGAAAAAUGGUCACACGACUGUGAUAAUCACCACGCAUUACAUCGACGAGUGUGCCCAGGCGCAUAUGAUUGGUCUACUGCGUGGUGGAAAAAUGCUUGCCGAGGAAUCCCCUGAUUAUCUGCGACAGCAAUAUAAUGCCGAUUCUCUAGAGGAUGUUUUCCUAAAGCUCUCUGUUUUGCAAAACAUGGGUAAACGCCGACGAUCGUCGAUAGCUCAGGAAAUUGUGGAACAAGUCACGGUGCCGGCUAUUUCCAAUCCGGCUUUGGACAUGUCUGACGAACAGCAUGCCGCUGAAAUUUCCGGCGAGUUCGGCGAUAAUAUUUCUAUGUCCUCGGCGGCCAGGGAUCCGAUCAGUACUACCGCCCCAGCAGCUCCGCCAUUGCCACCACCCCAGGAAACUCCCACAUCCUUUUGGUACAAUCUCCAUGUGAUGCAGUCUCAUCACCUACACGCCCUUAUAUGGAAAAACUUCUUGUGGAUGAUGCGUAACGUGGGGGUGAUGCUGUUCAUCGUGGGCCUGCCCGUGGUCCAGAUACUGCUCUUCUGCUAUGCCAUCGGCCAUGAUCCAACUGGCCUCAAAUUGGCCGUAGCGAAUCACGAGAUGUCGGGGGAAAUGAUUAUGGAACAAUUCUGUCCAGUGCACACCGGAUGCAAUCAGACGAUGCUGAGCUGCCGUUAUCUCGAUAUGCUGGUCAAGAACAAGAGCAUGGUUGUGAAAUAUGUAACUGAUGAUGAAAUGGCCUAUGAAGAGGUGAGAAAAGGUAGAGCCUGGGCCGCCUUAGUGAUCCAACCUAACUACACCGCCUCACUAAUGGAACGAGUAGAAGAUGGUCGUUAUGCUGAAGACGGUACACUUGAGUCAUCCGAUCUGGCAGUACGAAUGGACUGGUCUAAUCAACAAAUCUCACAAUUGCUGUACCGCGAUCUCCAGUACACAUUCUUCAACUUUGUGGGCGACAUGCUGAGCGACUGUGAUGUUAAUCCAAAACUGGGACGUGUGCCUGUGGACUUCCAGCAGCCCGUCUAUGGGUAUCGCAAUCCCAACUUCACGGACUUUGCUGCCCCCGGAGUUAUCCUAACCAUUAUUUUUUUCUUGGCCGUGGCUGUUACCUCUGGAGCUAUGUUGAUUGACCGUAAUGAGGGAAUGUUGGAGCGUUGUUUGGUGGCGGGAAUUACGGGUCCGGAGAUCCUUCUCUCCCAGGUGGUCACCCAGUUCACGGUGAUGCUGAGUCAGACUAUCUUCGUCCUAAUUGUCAGCUUCUAUUUCUUCGAACUCACCUUGGUGGGUAACAUUUGGCUAGUGGUGGCCCUUUGCAUCCUGAAUGGAUUGUGCGGCAUGAGCUUUGGAUUCGUUAUUUCCUGUGCUGUAGAUACGGAGAGAACCGCCACGUAUGUGGCGAUGGGUUCCUUCCUUCCCAUCGUUAUGUUGUGCGGCAUCAUCUGGCCAAUAGAGGGUAUGUUCCCGCUCCUGCAGUUCUUCACAGCCUUCCUGCCGCUCACCAAACCAACGGAAUCGAUGAGAUCCAUCCUGCAACGUGGCUGGGGGAUCGACAAUCCCGUUGUCUACAAUGGCUUUAUCUCGAUUUCCUCUUGGGUCCUGGUAUUCCUCAUACUCACCAUCUUACUCCUCAAGUUCAAGAAGGGAUAAGUUCAAGUUCUUCUGGGUUUAUCAGGCAUAGGAAAAAUUGUGAUGAUAUAUUGGAAGGUUAAAUAUUGAACUAAAAAUCAACAUUAAAACAAAUUAUUGAUCCAAAAUUAUUAUGUUUUACAUUUGAAUAAUUGUAGUUUCCUUAUAUUAAGAACAAUUCACAUUGUUUAAAUUUUCUUAAAAAUAAAAACUUGUUAGAUUCCAGUCAAUGAAAGGUUUAGUGAAAACAACAAACAUUGUAGAUAUACACUCCGAUAUCACAAUUUUUCCUGUGCCCAUUUCUUAUGAUUUUACUAGGUCUUAAGGGUAGACUUACGCUCUCUUAGCCAGUAAUUAGUACUUAGUCUUAGCCUUCCUUCACUGGCAAUAGGUUCCGGAUCACCAUUACCACUAAGUAUGGAAAUUGUUGUGCCUUGUAGAAUAAGCCUUCCCCAUUUCAUAAUACCCUUCAUGCCCCCCACAUUCACCCACAAAACAACAUCAAAACAUUCUAUUUAUGUUGUAAGCUUGUGAACGAAAAUUCGAAAAGUUUGAAUAAAUUGAUAGAAAAACUUUGCCGA